AUGACUCAGGGCCAGAGCCCCCCCCCACCCCAGCCCCUGGGGGUGCAGCUGGGUGACCCACACCUGCGGCUCACACCUCCCACCCCGGGCCGAGCCCCUCGGGGCAGGCCCCCCGGGAAAGCGCUGAACGACGUCACGCAGCUUCGGCACUGCCCGCGUGGGGCCGAGGGUGCCCCCGAAAGCCCGCACCCCCACAGGACCGGGGUCCUCGUCUUCGUCUCAAAAGGGCCACCUCCUCCGGGGGCCACCACUGCUUUCCAGACCCCGUUCCAGGUCGCCAAGUGCCCGGGCCCUGUUCCUCCGGGAGGCAAGUCGGGGGCUCAGGCGCAACACUGGGGGAUCCCUUGGUCCUCCAAACACUCGGCAGGACAGGAGACCCUGGAGCAGCGCGGAGCCCGCCCGGCAGACGUCCCUGGCGUGGUGCCCAAGCCACAGGGUGAGCCGCCCGGUCGUCGGGGCCCUCGGGAGCCCUCCACGGCUCCAGUAACAGCUGUGCCGGCGACGCACCACCGGCCCGCCUCCGGCGGGGGGCCCCCCUCCGACACGGUGAAGGAGGCCCCCGAGAUGGACUGGUUGGACAGGAGAGUCCCCGCGGUCCCGCGGGUGCUGACGGUCUGGGGCCCCCCUCACUCUACUCUGGGGACCCUCGGCUCACCUGGCUCCUUGAGUCGGGGUCUCUGCUCACCCCCCUCCACCGGCGGGCUGAGGCUGUCCUCCCUGGCCCGCCUGCCCGGCCCUCGGCUGGGGUCUGGCCCCCAAGACUCUACAGAGGCCCUCGGCCUUCUCACCCCGGCCCGCCCCCGCCGUGGCCCCUUCUGCAUCGCACCCUUGCACAAGGGCUCUGCAGUUCAGUGGGAGGCCCUGCUGUCCUUGGCACUGCCGGGCACCCCGUGCCUCUCCGAGAGGGAGGAGUCCGUGCACGGGCACAUGAGGGUCCCCAUGUCCCCGGCCCGGCUCUACCUGGGGGCCCCGCCUCUCGCCUCUGCCUCGGUGCCCCAGAUCCCACCACCAGCCCUUCUCCCUGCGAUCAUUGGUCAGUGCCAAUCUGGUGUCCCCAGCCUACCUGCCGGGGAGGCUGGGGAGCACGCGGGUGCACGUGGAAUGUUCGGGGAGCACCACGUGUCUGCCACAGUGGUGACAUGCCCUUCCCGCCGCGGGCAAUGGCAGGCCCUGAGCGGACGGAGGCCGGACGACCGGGACAGUACCUUCAACGUGCGUUUGCGGCUGGUGUGCCGCCAGGCCCCUGAGAAGGUGCGACAGCAGGUCUCCACCUGA